CACUUUCUUGGGUUACACUAUAAGAUAUAUUCAUUGAGUGACCUCUGAAGUAUAUUUAGAAAAGAUACUUUUUUUGGAAUGUACUUUCAUUUAUUUUUAUCUAUUUAGGUAUUUAUCUAUUUAUCUAACUUAUCAAUGGUUCACAUCAAAUUAUCUAUUUAAAUAUUAAAGCAGAUUUAAAAAUUACUAAGAUUUAUAACAUGACAAGAAAUGAUGCAAUCCUCCUCAAAUCAGAAUAUGUGAAUAGGCUUAAUCAGUUAAGAGGUAUUAAACACAGAAGAGACAGUAUUCUGUCUAUCUGUAUAUUAAUUGAUUAAAUCUAUUUUAUAUGAAGAUAAUCCCAUCUUUUAGAUCAUGUAACUAGACACUAAGUAGCCAGUAUUCACUAUAGAUGAUUUCAUAUAUUUCAUCAUAACAGAUGCAUUUCUAGACUCUCAGAAAUUACUGAAGUUUCAUCUGUCCUAUUCUAGAUGAAGAUUUCUAGGCAUUUCUUCCUGCGGCUCUCCUAAGCAGCACAUACUUAGAUCAGUUCCUGGAUAAAAGUGAACUGUGUCUUCUGUUUUAUUUAGAAUGGUUUUUGUCUCUUUUAUCACUGAAUACUGAGAAAAAAGUUGAGGCACCAGGGAGUUUUUAGUCCAGCUGUUGUGGUAUAAAUCAAUAUUUAAAAUGCACAGUGGCAAUUUUUCUUCCUUUGAAAGUAGGACUUGUUACCCUGCAUUCUUGUACUGUUAAAUCCAAGACUUUAUCAGUGUUAAACACAAACCCUAAUAUUGUUUUUUAUCCAGAAGCACUACUCCACUGACAAAUUCAACAAAACAGUAAUAUACUUCAGUCAUGAAGUAAAUAUAACAGUAAUAAAAUUUUUAAUUCAUGUUUGAUUUUUGUGCUUCCCUGGAGGAAUUUUCAAGCUAUAAUACUUUAUGAAUGAGGAGUUAAAACAUUCCAGCUUGAGAAAAAUAAGUCCUUCAACCUUAUUUAUUGAUUUCAGUGUUAGAACAACAAACUUUUAAGAGCUCAUGGGUGCAUGGGUAAAGCUGGCCAAUGCAAAAAUUCCUCGUUGAAAAUACAAUCUGUUUCAUCACUUUCUUAGGGAUAAAUCUUCUUCUAAAACAUUACUUAGUAAGGCACAGGUGAAUUGCAGGUAUUCUGUCUAUCAUCUUAUUGCCACCAACUACUCAUGCGUGGGGUUUACGAGCCAGGUGACGAUAUGCAAUUUCGCUUCCAUAUCCUUCUCCUACAUUUCACCAUAAAGCUUUUAAUUCUGUAAUUAUGUCCCCGAUGCAGUGUACUCUGUGACACCCCUCCCAAGUGGGCAGAUGUUCCUAAGCAGAUCUCUUAUGUUGUGAAAGGAACCUCCCUUGGGUUUAGCACUGUCAGACUGCAUUAAGAGCAGGUAUGAAAGGUAAGAAGCAGAUGUGUUAUGCUAUUUCUGUUUGACACACUGUACCUCUAGCCAAUGUUUUCUACUGGUACAGCAACACUGAGCCAACAGGCUAAUGAAUGGAGCCUGCAGAAUACAUUGUUAACCUGCAACCUCAUCCAGUCUGCAUGCAGUCUAUUAAGUCAGUACUCCUAUUAUUCACAUUUCUUGUGUUUACUGCUGCUGAUACAUUUGUCGUUGUACUUUAUUUUGCCUCCAGUAAUAUACAGCUGUCUCAGAACCAAAAUACCAAGUUGAGUAGACCUGCACUGGAGGGAGAAGAGGAGGAGGCUGUGAGGACAGUGAGUGACCUGCCGACUUACUUGCACGACGAAGCUUGAAGCAUCUCUUUUUCCCUCUGUCUCUUCACACUGACGGCCCCAGAGCACAUCUACGUCACAUGCAAGGGAGGGGGCGGCUUGGUGAGAGGCGCCGAGAUAGACAGAAAAUUGUAUACUGAGGACCUUGACAGCCUCACGGGCGGGAUUUUUUUUCCCCCUCCUACGUACAGUGCAUAUAAAGGAGCCCCGAUUUCUUUCUGUGCCAGCUCUCAGGCUUUGCCAUCCCAGAUAACGGCAGGCAUGGGACUCCCCAGAGAAACGGGAUGGAAAGGCGGGAGGUGGAGAGAGGCUUCCAGGUGACUUUUUCCUCUCUGCCUGCACUCGGUCACGGAGCUCUAAGAGACUGAGGAGGUGCCACCUGCCUCCCGCCGUGGCUGCUGCCGCCGCCGCUCCUCUCCGGGCUCGCUCCCCCGUUAAUCAGAUUAGCGCGUCGUAGCAGCCUCCCUCACCCGCUCUUCCAUCGCAAGUGUCCGUCUCCCCUGAGAGAUGUGUCUCAAUUCUGCCUCUCUCUCCUCCCCUUUCCACUGAUCACCGUGCAGUUCUCGUCAGCUCUGGGCAUCUCUCCCUUUCUCUUUCUCCUUUUCCUGCUGAGUGUCUCUGCCUCCUCUUGGCUCUGUGCAUCGCUCCAUCCAUCCUCCCUCUCUCUCCGCACUGGUGUGUGCGCGCAUCUCUCUCCGCCCGGCGGCUGCCACCUUCGCCCUACAAGCGCGGCGCUGCCCGGAGGAGCCGCCGCUGCCGCCGCCGCCGCCCGGCCCUGCCUGGCCGCCGUGAGUCCCGCCUCAGCCCGCGCCCGUCCCCCGCCCGCCGCGGCACCAUGUCCGGCUCCGGCAGGAAAGACUUCGACGUGAAGCACAUCCUGCGCCUCCGCUGGAAACUGUUCAGCCACCCCUCGCCGGCGGGCGGCCCGGCGGGGGGAGGCUGCCUGCCGCCCGACAGCAGCUUCGAGCACUGGGGACCGAGCCAGAGCCGCCUGCUGAAGAGCCAGGAGAGAGGCAACGGCGUCUUCUGGAAGAAAUCCGCCUCCUCCGCCUCCUCCUCGGCGGCCACCACGGCCAGCCCGCCCAACGGGACGCUGCUGCCCGCCGGCGGCCGGCCGGCCACGGGGCACGGCCCGGGACCGCCGCCGCCCCGCACCGUCUUCUACGUGGAGUCCCUGGAGGAGGUGGAGGAGGAGGCGGUGCCCGGCGGGAUGGAGGUGGCCCGCGAGCCCGAGAAGCCCCUGGCCCCGCCGGAGCGGGAGGAGGCGCCGGGGGGCUGCGCCGAUGGAGGCAGCCGGGCAACAGGUGACGGAGGCGGGCACAGACUGUCAGGAGCCAGCCACCCCUUGCCACCCCACUGUGACAUGGAUUCAUGUAGCUCCGAGGAAUUCUACCAGGCUGUUCACCAUGCAGAGCAAACCUUCAGGAAAAUGGAGAGCUACUUGAAGCAGCAGCAGCUCUGUGAUGUUAUCCUGAUUGCUGGUGAUCGCAAGAUACCUGCACACAGACUUGUCCUCAGUUCUGUCUCUGACUACUUUGCUGCCAUGUUUACAAGUGAUGUUUGUGAAGCCAAGCAAGAAGAGAUCAAAAUGGAAGGCAUAGACCCCAAUGCGCUGUGGGACCUUGUUCAGUUUGCAUAUACAGGCUGCCUGGAAUUAAAAGAAGACACCAUUGAAAACCUCCUGGCAGCUGCCUGCCUUCUCCAGCUCCCCCAAGUAGUAGAGGUUUGCUGCCAUUUUCUAAUGAAGCUUUUGCACCCAUCCAACUGUUUGGGAAUACGAGCAUUUGCUGAUGCACAAGGGUGCACAGAGCUUAUGAAGGUGGCUCACAACUACACCAUGGAGAAUAUAAUGGAAGUUAUAAGAAAUCAAGAAUUUUUACUUCUACCUGCCGAAGAACUCCAUAAACUUCUUGCCAGUGAUGAUGUGAAUGUUCCUGAUGAAGAGACCAUUUUCCAUGCCUUAAUGAUGUGGGUGAAAUAUGAUAUGCAGAGGCGAUGCAAUGACCUAAGUAUGCUGCUUGCUUAUAUCAGAUUACCACUCCUUCCACCUCAGAUAUUGGCUGACCUGGAAAACCAUGCACUUUUUAAGGAUGAUCUAGAGUGCCAGAAGCUUAUUCUGGAAGCCAUGAAAUAUCAUCUUUUACCAGAAAGAAGAACUCUUAUGCAAAGUCCAAGAACUAAGCCUAGAAAAUCUACAGUUGGAACGCUUUAUGCUGUUGGAGGAAUGGAUAACAACAAAGGAGCUACAACUAUUGAAAAGUAUGAUCUCAGAACAAACAUAUGGAUUCAGGCUGGAGUAAUGAAUGGCAGGAGGCUUCAGUUUGGUGUUGCUGUCAUCGAUGACAAGCUGUUUGUCAUUGGAGGCCGGGAUGGUUUAAAGACGUUAAACACUGUUGAAUGUUACAAUCCAAAGACCAAGGCUUGGACUGUGUUACCACCUAUGUCAACCCAUAGACAUGGCUUAGGAGUUACAGUGCUUGAAGGGCCUAUUUAUGCAGUGGGAGGACAUGAUGGUUGGAGUUAUUUGAACACAGUUGAGAGGUGGGACCCUCAAAGUCAGCAGUGGACAUUUGUGGCAAGUAUGUCAAUUGCCAGAAGCACUGUUGGAGUAGCAGCAUUAAAUGGCAAGUUAUAUUCUGUUGGAGGUCGGGAUGGAAGUUCAUGUUUGAGCUCAAUGGAAUAUUAUGAUCCUCACACAAAUAAGUGGAAUAUGUGUGCUCCUAUGUGUAAGAGAAGAGGAGGUGUAGGCGUGGCUACCUGUGAUGGCUUUCUUUAUGCAGUUGGAGGUCAUGAUGCUCCUGCUUCUAAUCACUGUUCUCGUCUGCUGGACUACGUGGAAAGGUAUGACCCAAAAACUGAUACGUGGACAAUGGUGGCUCCACUGAGUAUGCCUCGAGAUGCUGUUGGUGUUUGUCUCCUUGGUGACAAAUUAUAUGCAGUAGGUGGAUAUGAUGGUCAGUCAUACCUGAACACUAUGGAAGCAUACGACCCUCAAACUAAUGAGUGGACACAGAUGGCUUCCUUAAAUAUUGGAAGGGCUGGUGCCUGUGUUGUAGUCAUCAAACAACCAUGACUUUGUCAGCACUGCUUAGGAUUUUACUGACUGUGAAAUGAUUAUUUUUCUAUGAGACAAGAGAAUGAUAACUUCACAAGAACAAGGAUCUACACAGUGAAUACACUGUUGAUCACAAACUUGAAGUAUGGAAGUGACAAAGAUUAAGUAUUUAUGCCCUAUAAAAUCAUAAAACCGUUCACAGUCAGUGAACAAGAAAAAAGCCCCCAGAGUAUUGUAGGCGUAAAUAUGUGAAUGUAGAGUAGUGAGUUCAGGUAUUGCUCUCAUGAAUGUGUCCUGAAGAACUGGAUAAUCAUGGGAAGUCUACACAAAGUGUGGAAAGGAAAAUGAGAACAGUUUUCAUGGCUGCAAGAGAAAUAUGAAAGUCUAUUUAAUCAAUUUUAAGCUGUGUUUUUUAAAAGAGAAAAGUGGAUAGUAAUAUAAUUUUUUUUUUGCUGUUCAGGUCUUGUCUUCAAAUGGGUUAUGGUCUUCUCAUUUAAAUGAGCAGUUUGACUUUACUGAAAGGAAGAGGUCAAAUGGUCUGAAUAUUCAUAGUGACUGAGUUGUGACUCUAAACCAGGAAGAAACACAAAACUAAAAGUAGGCUUUUUUCGUAACUUCAGAUUGUACCUCCUCACCUAUGUUAAUGCAUCUUAUAAAUUAUUUUAUUGAGUGGGAAGCCUGUGUGUUUAAUCAGGUAAUAUAAAAAAGUCCUGGGGCUGCACUGGGGCUUUGUUGCAAAUACGGGAGUCAAAGAAACAGUGACCUAAUUCUUUCUUAAGCUUAUAUUCAAUUUAAGCAUGUGGGCUCUAACCUCACUGUUUGAUGCAUCUACUGCAUGUUGGAAGCUCAUGACAAGCUGGAAAAUUGAUCCCCUUAUUUCACUGCAUCAUGUUAAUGGAUGAACCGUGACAAGAACAGUCUAUAGAGACUCUUUUAACAUUUCAAGAGGGAGAAAAAUCCUACAUUUUAUUUAUUUCUGAUGCUUGUAGAUACACAAUUUUGCCUACUUAGAGCUGCAAAAUUAUGACUUUCCACUUAUGACUGAGAAUAACUGCAAGUCAGGAAAUCAGAA